AUGCAAAAAGAUAUCGGAAUACUAGCAGCGGAAAUAUAUUUCCCAAAAUCAUACAUUGCUCAAACAGCUCUCGAGACACAGUUCGAAUGCCCUGGCAAAUAUACCAAAGGUCUUGGCCAGUUAUCAAUGGCCAUUUGCGAUGAAGCUGAAGAUGUCAUUUCCAUUUCUUUGACUGUUACUAAAAGAUUGAUUGAACGCUUUGGGUUAGACUUAAAGAAAGUCGGAUUUCUUGAGGUUGGUUCUGAGACAUUGGUUGAUAAGUCGAAAGCCAUCAAGACACAUUUAAUGGAUUUAUUUGAAGAAUCGGGUAACUUAGAUCUGGCUGGAAUCGAUCUCAAAAGUGCCUGCUAUGGUGGCACUGCAGCUCUCUUCAAUGCCAUUAAUUGGCUUGAGUCGUCGUACUGUGAUGGCCGCUUGGCUUUGGUAGUUGCUGCUGAUAUUGCAAUAUAUUCUACUCCAUCAACACAACCAACUGGUGGUGCUGGAGCUGUUGCUAUCCUUCUUGGUCCUAAUGCCCCUCUUGUCUUCGAUUCGGGUCUUCGUGUUUGCACAAUGCGCAAUCGUUAUGAUUUCUACAAACCUCUUAUGAAGUCUAUUUUUCCUGAAGUCGACGGAAAGUUGAGUAUCUGUUGUUACAGAGAGGCUGUGCUUACUUGCUAUCGCCGAUUUAAAGAAAAAGUUGAGAAAUUUACUGGUCACAAAGUGAGAGUAAUGGGUGACCGAAAUCCAUCUGAAUUCUCAAUCGAUUAUGUCUGUUUUCACUCGCCUUUCUAUCGAUUGGUUACGAAGUCCUUUAGUCGAAUGGUUUUACUGGAUGUCAAACAGGCUCUUUCUGGUUCGGAAUCCAAUGAAAAUGUUGUCAAUGGCACCCAAUUUGAAUACUCUUCCUCAGAGAAGUCGGUUAUUGAACAACUUACUCCAUUUGCAAAUGAAGCUGAUAGUAUUGAGAUAAACCGACAAGUAGAAGAAGCCUGCCUUUCAGCAUCCCGUGAACUUUUCGAGACGAAAGUGGCCCCUAGUCUGCGUAUUGCAAGUCAAGUCGGCAAUAUAAUUCCACAGGAACAGUUGCGUGGACGUCGUGUUCUGAUGUUCAGCUAUGGCUCGGGCUACACGGCAUCAAUGUUCAGUCUACGAAUAGCAGAGACGGCUGAAAUGGAAAGCAUUGUUGGAGCGUCUUCACAAUCGCCAUUCGAUAAAUUGGCUCAAAGAACAUCGAUGUCUUAUGAUGAAUUUUCUGCGAACUUACACGCCCGUGAAGCUGCUGUUGAUAAAGCUCCAGUGGAAUAUUCAAAGGAGAAUUUGAGGAGACGUUUCUUUCCCGGUACCUUCUACUUGACACACAUUGAUGAGAAGUAUCGACGUUUCUACCAGCAAACCCCAGAACCAAUGGACAACUUGUAA